AUACUUUUAAUUGUUUUGUCAUAAUUGUAUUCACUUCAUUCUUAAUCGAAAAUUAACAUCUUUUCUAAUAAGUUCGGAUCUCUCUUCAUUGUCUGUCAAAAAAUGAGUGGAGAACAUUCUUCGGAUAAAUUUGAAGAUAAUUCUGAUAAAUCUAAUCCACUAAAGAAAUUUCUGAAGAAAGAAAUUGAGAAACUAGAAUUUAAAUUAAAACAACGACUACGUAAUUUAGACAGACUUCGAGCAUCGAGAUCCGAAUUAAAUAACAAAGUUCGAGCACUUCGUGAAGAAAUCGAAGAAAUCGAAAAUUCUGAACCGAAAUUCGUGGGAACUUUGGUCCAAAAACUAGAUGUUGGCUUAGCAUUAGUCAAAUUUAGUGAAAAUAUGAGACUCGUGUUUCCUGCGAGCGAAUUUAUCGAUCUAGAAGCUGCGAAACCGAACGAUAGAGUGGCCGUUUGUACAUUACAAGAAGAGAUUACGGACGUGCUUCCAUCUAAACAGAAUCUUCGAGUAAAAUCCAUGAUGUUGGAACAUGUUCCGGAUGUUACUUACGACGCGAUCGGAGGCUUGGAUAAACAGAUUCGAGAAAUUAGAGAAUGCGUAGAACUUCCUCUCAAACAUCCGGAAUUAUUCGACAGACUCGGCGUUCGACAACCUAAGGGUGUUCUGUUGUAUGGUCCUCCCGGUACGGGAAAAACUCUGCUAGCACGUGCAGUAGCUCAUCACGCAAAAUGCACGUUUAUAAGAGCUGCCGGCACAGAAUUUGUCCAAAAGUAUAUAGGAGAAGGAGCCGAACUUAUCAGAGAUUUGUUUCGAAUGGCUAAAGAUCAUGCUCCAUCGAUUAUCUUUCUGGAUGAAGUAGAUUCUAUCGGAGGUGUAAGAGGAAAGAAACACGAUGGAGAAGUCGAAAGAACCGCGAUGGAGUUAUUAAGUCAUCUGGACGGAUUCGAUUCUUCGAGUAACAUAAAAGUUAUCAUGGCUACCAACAGAAUCGAAGCUUUAGAUCCCGCCCUGUUGAGAUCGGGUAGAAUAGACAGGAAAAUAGCGUUUAGUCGCAUUGCUAAGGAAGAUUUGGCACACGUGUUUUCCAUCCACAGUGCAGAAGUAAAAGCAAUUUGCACCGAAGCGGGAAUGUUGGCCAUCAGAAAUAAACGGAAUUAUGUCACCAGAGAAGAUUUCGAGACAGCAAUCGAAAAAGUCGCUACGAAAAAGAAAUGCCUUGACGUAGAUGUUAUUUCGUUGGAGAAAAUGUGGAAAUGAUAAUUCAAACGUUUUUUGUUAACUGAAAUAAGAUUCGAUACUUCGUGUAAUUUGAUAUUUCCUUCUAGCAAAAUUAUUUUUAUUACUUAAGUUAUGUAAAGACUUUCAAAAUAAAAUGUUAUCGUU